UCACGCGCCGUAUAUAAGGUUCAAGCUUUUCGCCCUCCGGCAAUCGCUCGUAGAAUUUCCCCCGGGCUCAACCUAUGCGCUGCUUACAUUUUGUGGACACCUAGACGAGAAACUGUUAACUGUUGAAUUAUUGUCUCGCUACCAGUCGAAACUGUGGAUUGAUUUUAAUUAUAUUUACCAUUCUCAGACGAUUGAUCGCAGUGUCAAGCAAUGUACUUGAUGUUUUUCAUCAUCGCGAUGGCACUUGUGAGUGCUACAUCAGCUUGCAGCUGUUGGAUAGAUUAUCCUCCCAUACCAGGGAAACCGAUUUCUCCGUACGGACCAAACGGGGACAGGUAUUGCAAAGGGAAUUACGACUUUGUUAUCAAAGGUUAUGUAGUAAACUCCAAAGAACAUGUGAAGUAUACGGAGUUCUCCGGCGCGGAUGAUGAGGUGUCGUUCCGUCUUCCGGCGCCCGGAUCCUACUUGGAAUACGACGUCCACGUUCACAAAGUGUACAAGGCUUCCCCACUGUUCCCCACGGAACAGUUUGUGCAGAUAGUCAGCCCAGUGACCGGAAUGUCCUGCGACUUUGAAUUAGGGACAGAUGUAGAAUACCUGUUAAGAGGGACUAUAUCCACCAAGGGUGAUAAAGUUCAGUUGAACUUGGCCGGGUUCUGCGACUACGGAGGGGUGUUCAGCAGCCAGGACAAACAGAUGAAAUAUCUAGAAGACAUUGGCUGUCAGCAGAAUAUCAUUCCCCCUUUGAACAAGUGAACCUGUCAAACCUCCUUUACACUGGACGGCGUCCUUUCUGCGUCCUUUGUGCCACCAUGAAAACUGGCAUCGCUGUGGGCCGUAGAAAGGAGACACAAGCGUCGCUGUGAAUUCUUGAAAUGAUCGACCAGUUUUCGGCACGUGAAGCAUUGUUUUUUUUUCACUCCCAAACGGGGCAGUGCUAUGGGACACAGAAAGGACGCCGUUUAUUCUAAAGGGGGCUGUAGUGACAGUACUCGUAUAAGUACUGUCAGCUUCAUGUCAGCUUCAUAAAAGAGACAUUUAUUCUUAUAACAACGUGGCAACGGGUGGGUGCGUUGGGUGCGAAAAAAGCCCCUUUUAUAGAUGGAAAAUGUCCACUUUUGCAACUCAGUAUUUGUUUAUGGAUAAUUAUGCUUCCAAAUAAAAGCAGAAUGCAGAAGUGGGAAUGAUGAGAUUUGACUAGGUUUAUUUCAUCUAUUUGUUCCUAUCUAACAUAAUCACCUCCACGUAUUUUAUAAUCGUUUAAAAGAAAAAUUAGAAAAAAGUAUUUAAAGUGAGGACAUGAAAGACGCUUAAUACUGAACUUGGUAGAAAGGCAUAAAGUUUUACUGUCCAAGCUAAUUGUUUUUUUUUCCACGCGGAAUGCGAUAGAUGUGACCAGAAAACCUAACACAAUCUCUGAACACUGAAGUCUUUUGACAGAAUCGUGGCUCUAAGGGUGAAAGGGGGUGGGGCAGCUUGGACUAUUCUCCGGCAGUGACACAACAUCGCCUGUGUCAUAUCAAGAUUAAUAUGACCGAUGACAUGUCAAGAUAUUUUGCGUGAGUAAUAAGCUUUUUUCUAUGUGUUUGUGUCACACAUUUUUCACUUCACUUCGCUUUGAAGGACCGUUUGAAGAUCUGAUCAUUUGUUCACAAAUCGUUCACACUUCAUUUUUUCAAAUAGCAUCAAUUUUGUCUCAGACAUCUUCCAAAUCCAUUAUUAAUGAAGGCCAUCGGCGCUGUUGGUGCGGAGAGCCGGUGAGCGAUCCCUUGAUUCAACCAAAAGAUGUCCUUUAA